AUGCCCUCCGCCACGCCAGCAGCCCUGCGCAUCGCCGUAAUUGGCACCGGCCCCGGCGGGCUGUCCUCAGCCAUCGCCUUGUCCGAACUGCCCAAUGUGAGCGUGCGCGUGUAUGAGAGCGCCCCUGCACUCAAGACCCACGGCGCGGGCAUCAGCGUCAACCACAACGGCUUCAAGGUGCUAGAACUACUGGGAGCUCGUGAAGGAGUCACGGGUGCCUCGACGAAUCCCACUGUGCAGAGAAAUGCUUAUACGGGCGAGAUUGUUGAUCCUGGGGUUCCGCACGACCCAGAGGAUAAGUACGAGGCUCGCAGGGUCCGGCGGCUUGUUCUGCAGGAAUCACUGAUUGCUCGGGUCCCUAAGGGGCUAAUAGAGUUCAACAAGAAGCUGGUUUCGCUGGAGGACCUGGAAGAUGACGGCGUGCGCGCGAUAUUUGCGGAUGGCACUGACACAACUGUGGACCUUGUUGUGGGCGCCGACGGAAUUCGAUCUGUCGUGAGGAAACACAUGGUUCCAGAUUACCCUCUGGCAUUCACACACCAGGUUGGUUGGCGCACUUUGGUGCCCGUGGAAUUACUUCAGCAUAUCCCAGACCUCCCCCUGACGACGACGAGUUGGUGGCGGGGAGCGGCCAAGUCGGUGUGGCUGUCACCGGUGGAUGAGCUGUCCAAUUUGAAACUGAUGGAGUUCUCCGUCCGUACCUACAACGAGCCGUAUAUCGAGGGGAAGACUGUCAGCUGGGGAAUGCCAGUCAGUGGCGAGAAGGUCCUCUCGAGAUUCAAGGACCUGGACCCAAGGCUCGUUGAGGCCAUUAAGCAGGUCCCCGAAGGUGGUUGGAUGGAGUUCGCAUCGUAUGCUGGACCAUCUCUCGACACCUCGGUAGCGUGGGGAAAGCUCGUGUUAGUCGGCGACUCUAGCCAUCCUUCCGCCGGCGGCUUUGGCUCUGGCUCUGCGUUUGCCAUGGAAGAUAGCUGGAUUCUCGCACGCGCCAUUGAGCACGCUCGUAAGUCCACAGACACCGUCGCCGACACGGUCGUGGAGGCGCUACGCAUCUUUGACACAAUAAGAGUUCCAUUCUACAAGAGCAUGAACGCCUUCCGGGAAUCCCAAAAGGAGAACAUCAAGAAGAUGGCGCAGGCAGUGUGGGACGACUUCGACGCCGAGCUGCGCAGAAGGUUUGCCUCUGAUGGUCUGGGCGUUAAACGGGGGCAAGGCUUCUUGUCCUUUGUUUACUCGGGUGACAUUGGAAAGACGUGGAAAGAGUUUGUUGAGAGUGAAAAGGCACGCAACCGGGGUUGA